UUGUUAUAGGCCUACAUUAAUACCAGACACCAGAAUAAUAAAGUUACACAUCCUGUGACUGCUGCCUAAUCAGGAUGCUUUCCAGGCUGCUAGAGGGCGUGAUUAAAUCAGGACAUUAGAUAAUAUUACAUUAUUUCAAAGUUGAAUGCCUCUUCCAAGAAAUUAAUAUUUUUUUUCCUUCACCUUCUCGCAUAGGCUAAACUACAAAGUUGUAAGGUUUCGUUAAACUGAGUGUCAGGAAUAUAUCCGGUUUUUAUAGAUUUGAUUGUUCUGCACCAUGCCCUUUGAAUACUUUAUGCCUACCGGCUGCAGCUAGAGCUACUAUAGGCUAGCAUGCUGUGUUCUAGCAGAGCAAGUUUAUUCUUACCCCAUGAUCGAAGAACUCCGUCAGGAACGGGAUGAGCAUCGUGCAGAGCCGUAGCCAGUGAGGCCUAGUGAGUCGGUAUAUGUUUGUUAUUCUUUAGCAAUUGGUUUUACUACCUGCCACUGUACUCUCGCGGCUUGCGCGUUGGGACACCGUCGUCGGACAGAUUAGGUAAAUUGGUUAGCCGUGAUCUGAGAUUUUCCCAACCCGCUAUUGGCGGGCUCGCGCCUCUGACCUGUCAGUGGCGCGAGUAAUCCAAUUAAGUAUUUAGAGAGCGGGGCUAAGAAUAGUCCCAAAUAGCCUACUGAAAAAGUUUAGAAACACCGAAUGACUAUAUCUCAUGCAUUUGUUAUAGAGGAACUGCUCGUGGUGCAAUUUUAGAGUAUGACAACAUUUAGUUCGUAGCCGACAUGCGUUUUGAUGGAGAGGCGUAGAUAAAGCUCUUAGUUACCGGAUAGGACGCCAAACAACACCAUGGUAUGAUCCUUGGGAUUAUAUUCGAGCUGUGGCGGGGGCUGUGGAUCUAACCGACAGUAGAAUUCAACACAUAUGAUACCAGGUGUGUGCGGUGGGUGUGUGCAGCCAGGAUGAGUAGCACGUUUGUGACCCUGGCGGAGGUGCUGGAGGCCAGGGGAGGCCCUCUCCUGGAGGACGAAGUGUGGUCUCUGCUACUGGGCACCGCUGAGUCUCUGGUGGACGUCUCCUACAAAGGGCACAACAGCAUGUCCACCAUCAUAAGCCCCUCCUCCCUGUUGCUCUCAGCCACUGGCACGCUGGCAUUUAAGAACUGUGCCCUAUCAGACCAGGUGACCACAUUCACUGCCCCGGAGAUGCUGCAGGGCAGAGCCAGCUCAACCAAACCUGCUAUGGAAAAGAUGCUGGUGUAUUCGUUAGGCAUGACUCUGUACUGGUCUGUCGACUACCAUCUUCCUCAGAAUCAGCCAGUCCCUUUGAGCGACCAUCUGAACUGCCUGCUACUGAGCAUGUGCGAGGACCUGUCCCAUCGCAGGGUGACCCUGAACUCCAUCCUAGAGGCGUGUGAGUCUCAGCACAAGGCGUCUCUCCUCCCUCCGCCCAAUAGAGUCAUCCGACAGCUGGUGGAGGAUGUCUUUCAUGACUCACAGGUGGACCAAGGAUCUCUGCAGGACAACAUUGUACACCUUAGUGGGAGGAGCCAGAUGAUCAGAGAGAGGCUUCAUGGUAAGAGAGGACCCUACCCAGAUUACACCCCUGGGGCUGCAGCUGACUUCAGGAGGUACUCUGAGGACUCCAACAAGUCAGGGAGUCUGCCACACAGACCCUGGAAACAGAGACCACGAAGCUCCCCGACCCCAUCAUACCCCUGCAACACAGACAGGCUCCCCAGAGGCCUCCGUCACAGGGACAGUAGCUGUAGCUCUCUGUACCGGAGCCCCUACCUGGACGUUCCCCUCAAGCCCUCCCCCACACCAGCGCCCAAAACCCACAGCCCCUCCAUCACCUUCAGCGAGUCCUCAAUCAGCCUCACCCAGAGGAAGGCCAAGGCUCUGGGUCCUGAGUUCAUCAGGAUGGCGGAAGAACAGCAGAUCAUUCUAGAACUCCCCGGAUCCAUCGUGUCUAAGAAGGGCCGAUCGUGUGUGUCUCAGAGGGAGGUCAGUGUGGUCAUGCCCAGUGGUCAGGUUGUGGCAGUGCGCUGUGACAUCAAGUCUCGAGGUAGAGAUGUGUUUGACAUGGUGGUGGCUCACGCCAACCUGGUGGAGCAUUUCUACUUUGGUCUGGCCUUUAUCGAUGACGAUGAAUUUUUCUUUCUUGACCAUGAGACCAAAAUCUCCAAAGUUGCCCCUGACAGUUGGAAGAAAGCCCAGUCAAACUCCUUUCUGGUUUACCUACGAGUGAAGUUCUUUGUAGAAGACAUCUCCUUCAUCCUACACAGACUGACACGUCAUCAGUACUACCUGCAGCUACGGAAGGAUAUCCUGGAGGACAGGCUACACUGCAACGAGGAGACUGGCCUGUUCCUGGCUGCUCUCGCUCUUCAGGCCGAGUUUGGGGACUACAUGUCUGAGCUGUACGGGAAGGACUACUACCAGCCAGAGCACUACGUGUCUAAGAGGAUGCUGGAGAGGAUGGCCUUCCCCAGCCUGAAGGAGGAGCUGCCCAGACUGCAUGCUAACCAUGCCAAUAUGCUGCCGGGGGAGGCAGAGACAGAGUACCUGAAGAUCGCCCAGCAGCUGCCUGAAUAUGGGGUGCUGUUCCACCGGGUGGGCCGUGAAAAGAAGACUGUGGUGGGCGAGCUGGUGCUGGGGGUGUGUGCCAGGGGCAUCAUCGUGUACGAGGUGAAGAACCACCUCCGUACCGUCACCAGGCGCUUCCUCUGGAGGGAGACCGACUCCAUCUCCACUGGGAGGCGUAAACUGACAGUGGAGUGCGGUGGCCCCAGUGGGAAGAAGCACAGCUUCAUGACGGAGAGCUCAAAGAUCGCCCAGUACCUCCUGAGCCUGUGCUCAGCUCAGCACAAGUUCUACAGCGAGAUGACCUCCCGCCAGCUCAACCACUGCACUGCCACACAGGCCAUGCAAGGGCCCCCAGGAGGCGCAGGUAUGCAGGAUGAGAACAUCGAGAAGUACUUGUCCAUCUGUCGCUCGCGAAACUCCCACAUGAAGCGCCUGUCCUGCUCCGAGGGCGGGAUCGACCAGUUGGGCCUCGGUGUCGGCCCGCCCGAUUUGCUCAGCAAGUCAUGUGAUGACCUGAGCGCCAAGAUGGAGGCCCGUCUGCGGCAGCAGCGAGAGCUGAGGGAGAUGAACCGGGGCCCGGAGCCACGCGUGCUGCGAGAGAUGAGAGACCAGAAGACUUGGAGCUCCACAGAGCCCCUCCCCAGGAUCACAUCCCACGCCUCACUCUACAAGCAAGACCCCGAGGUUGUCUCCAUCACCUCCUCCAUACGAGUUGACACUCCAACCAGGGGCUCUCCAGAGAGAGAGAUCAUCUGUGUGACUUUAAAGAAGGACCUUAAGCUGGGGUUUGGGUUUGUGAUAGUAGGAGAGGACAACAGUGGUAAACUGGACCUGGGGAUAUUCAUUGCCUCCAUUGUGCCUGACGGGCCUGCUGAUAGAGACGGAAGAAUCAGACCAGGGGGCCGUCUGAUAUCGCUGAACAAGAUCAGUCUAGAGGGCGUGACGUUCACGGACGCGGCGGCCAUCUUGCAAAGCAGCCCGGAGGAAGUAGAGCUCAUCGUAUCGCAGCCCAAAUACUCCCUGAGGGACAGCAAGACGUCCCUGGCCCCCAGCGGUCUGGGACGCAUGCUGGAGAGAGGCUUUGGCUCCCAGACCACCCUGAGCGGUAGCGAGUUCAGACCGGCCAUGGAGGAGCUGGAGGAGGCCUUGGCUCUGUCCAACAUGGCCACGCCCAAGCAUGGCAAGAGGCUGCACAUCCCGGUGGUGCGCAUCCUGGACGCACAGGAGGUUCUCUCCAGGUCCUCCUCUAUCUGCAGCCUGAGGUUUGCAGAGCAGCUGAGUGUGGAGCUGAGAAAGACCAAGGGCAGCCUGGGCGUCAGCGUGGCUGGGGGAGUAAACACCAAUGUGAGAUACGGGAGCAUCUACAUCAAGAGCCUGGUCCCAGGGGGCGCUGCAGAGCAGGACGGACGCAUUCAGAUAGGUGACAGACUGCUGGAGGUUGAUGGAUUCAACCUGAGGGGUGUAACACAUAAACAAGCUGUGGAGUGCCUGAAGAGAACUGGGGAGGUGGUGAGUCUGCUUUUGGAGAGGGAGCCCAAUAUGGUGUUAGAGCCUGGAGCUGAUUCACCCCGCCUCCAUCAGCCAAAAGCCUACCACAAACCCUUCAGGACAGAGGUUUCUAUGGAAACGUCCUUGAAUGGCAGGGCCAAGGACUACAGCUUCUCCUCUCCAACAGAGAACACUCAUGAGGUGGUUCUGAAAAAGAAUCUGUCUGGGCUCGGCUUUAGCUUCUUCAUCUCUGAGCUGACCUCCGGUCCAGACCGUGGUUCCGUGGUCCGGGUCAAAUGGCUGUUCGAGGGCCAGCCCGCCAAAGAGAGUGGGCAGAUCCAGCAGGGAGACAUCAUCCUGGCCGUUAACGGGGAACCGGUCAAGGACCUGUCAUACCAGAGGGUGUUGUCAAUGCUGCGGGGAGCUCAGUCUGAAGUUUGCCUGCUCAUCUGCAGACCCCACCCAGGAACCCUGACAGAUCUAGACAACAACACCCUGAGUCCAUCUCGAUCUCCCACCCGUGAAGUGAGGUCCAGGUCUCUGGACAUCAGGUUGACUGAGGACUACAGCCAGCUCCUCAGGAGACCAGAGGAGCCCCAGGCAGACCAGCAGCCAUGCCAAGCCCAGGAGGAGGCCUCUAGCCUGAGGCUAGAGGUUCCCCUUGAUCCUCCUGGUCCUCCAAAGACCCAGCAGAGACAGGAGAGCCAAGACAGUGAGACACUUCCCUUCCCCCUUUCCUCCCCCCCUCCUGCCCCGUCACCCCCCUCCCCUGACUUCCACGAGUCUCCCCAGUCUACCUACCCUCGGCGCUUCAGCGACCAGGGCAACUAUGAAGAUGAGGAUGAGGACGUGUCCAGGACAGCCGUUAUGCGUCUCAGAAGGAGCAGCUACCUCAAAGCUAGUGCCAACCCCACCUUUUCCAGUGGCAUCAGAGAAGAGACCGACGGCAGAUACACCUACUGCCUGAUGGGUAACGGUCUGACCAUCCUGGCGGAUGAGGAGUACCUUACCAUCAGCUCCACCUCCCUAGAUACAACCUCCAGCCUCCCCACACACACUCCUGCUCUGCCUGAACACACACCGAGUACCAGCCUCUCCUCUCAUGUACCCAGCCAACCCAGGCAGACCUCAAGCCUCCCGAACCAUACAACCACCCAGCAGGCCACUCAACACUCACACACACCCAGCACACACUCACACACACCAGACCAACACUCACACACACCCAGCACACGCUCACCAGACCACCACUCACACACACCCAGCACACACUCACACACACCAGUCCAACACUCACACACACCCAGCACACGCUCACCAGACCACCACUCACACACACCCAGCACACGCUCACCAGACCACCACUCACACACACCCAGCACACGCUCACCAGACCACCACUCACACACACCCAGCACACACUCACACACACCAGACCAACAGUCACACCCACCCAGCACACGCUCACAUGCACUUACAACACACUCACAAACACCCAGCACACGCUCACCAGACCAACACUCACACACCCCCAGCCCCACUACCCACACUCCAAGUCUCAGCCCCAACAGCACAUCCCCCUGUCCCCCAGCACCCCCAUCUCAGCCCUCUUUCAAUGGACAAAACCACGGCCUUCCCCAGACCAUACCUCCAUCCCACCCUAACCUCUCCUCCAAGCACACCCGUCCUCUGAUGCCUCCCCCCCUGCCUCCCACCCCCCAGCCUCCCCCUCAGCCUCCACCCACCCCCAGACAGGCUCCGGCCCCUGGCCCCCUCUGCCUCCGACCCCCUGUCCCCACCCUGCCAGACAGCCAGGCAGCACGCCCCUCGCACAGCCACACACAUUGGAGGGACGAGGAGGAGAGGUUGUUAAACGACGAUGAUGAUGAUGAUGAUGAUGAUGAUGAUGAUGAGGAAGAGGACCCCAGGAGGGGCAUGCUGAAGGAGUUUGAGCUGUCCGUGGUCCUGACCAAAUCCCGUAGUGGUAGUUUUGGUUUCACCAUCAUGCGCAGCAGGAUAGACGGCUGUUACUACAUCCAGGAGAUACUGGACAGCCCAGCCAAGGCAGACGGACGACUGAGGGCAGGGGACAGGCUCAUCACGGUACACGGGCAGGAUGUGACAAAUGUGACCGACGAGGUUGCCAUGGCAGUCCUGAGGAUGUCUCCCAGGAGACUGAGCAUGACCUUGGGGAGGGCGGUAUCCAACCUGGUAGCCCCGCCUUCUUCUGACAGCCUGAACGACAUUGUCCUGCACAAGACCCCAUCAGGGCAGCUUGGUAUAAAACUGACAGGUGGCAUUGGCAGUAAGUGGCAGGGCAUCUACUGUCUGGAAGUGGUGCCGGGGUCUCCCGCCAGCGAGGAGGGUAGCGUCCAGCCCAACGACAAGAUCAUCUACAUCAGCGGCAAGUGCACCCUGGGAAUGACCUUGGAGGACGCCGUCAAGGUCUGCGAGAUGGCCCCGCGCAAGGUCAAACUCAAAGUCCUCAGAGAUGACCAGCCUCUGACUUCUAAAGCUAACAAGUGGAACGGUCUGUUUGACUGGAAGAAAGACAGGAGGUUCUUCACCACUCGCUUUGAAGAGCCCAGCUCACCAGAGGCUGAUGAAGAACCUGAACCAGUGUCUAGAUCUGGAUGGAUCUUCAGACCUCGUUUUUCCAUAACAACAGAACUUGAUAGCUGCGUUCUGCAAGUGGAGUUCACUAAGCCAGAGGGAGGUGGGCUGGGCUUUGCUCUAGUGGGCGGAGCCAAUGGCAGUGCUCUCAGAGUGAAGGACAUCUGCCCAGGGGGCGUGGCUGAGCAAGAUGGGCGGCUGAGAGUGGGAGACAUCCUACUCGAGGUGAAUGAGGUGAUUGUAUCUGGGCUGAGCCAUAGUAAGGUGGUGGACAUCUUGCGUAGAGCUGAGGGCACUGUCCAGCUCACCAUCUGUAGAGAUAUCCUGCCCACACCUGGAUCCAACAAGGCCGCCCAACCUGGAGCCAACAUGGCUGCCCAACCUGGAGCCGAAAUGGUCGCCCAACCCGGAGCCAACAUGGCUGCCCCGCCUGGAGCCAGCAUGGCUGACAACCAUGGAUCCAACAUGGCAUCCAACCCUGAAUCCAACAUGGCCUCCAAACCUGGAUCCAAUGUGGCCGGCGACCCUGGAUCCAAAAUGGUUGCUGACCCUGAAGCUAAUAUGGCUGCCCAUCCUGGAGCCAGUAUAGAAGACAAGCCCACAGCGGAAGGCUGCUCCAGUCCUGACAUCCAGCAGAGAAAACUGAAGAAGCCCUCUGUUUCUUUCCCCAGUGUGGGCCUGUCUGGAGUGAUUGCUGCCCCUCUGCUUGAGGAAGAGGAGGAUGUGAUACCUCACUUACCCCCGCACCACUCACACCACAUAGGGUUCAGAGCAGAGGACGAAACUGUUGAUGGGCUGAUCCCCCCUCUCCUCCCUGUGCAGGAGAGCUGCAGCAGCACCCCCUCCCAUACCCAGACCUGCUGCCCCUCCCUCAGGGUCUCUGACAUUUUGCACGGGGCCUCAGACAGGAACCCACCCCUUAACACUAUCCUAUUGGACCAACCAAUAAAAGACCCCCGAAACAGCCAAUCAGAUGGCUGGAGCAGCGAAGAGGAGGAAGAUGAAGCGAUGGAGUCCAAUGGUCAGGAUAUGACCUCACCUAUAGCUGGUCCCCCUAUUGUGUCGGAGGAGGAGCUGGCUAGUCUGGCCCUGAUCAGUCUGUCUCGGACCAGUCAGUACUCAGGUUCCCGGGUCAAGGCCCUGAUUCAGAUCCUGCAGCACCAGAUGGACCAACAGGAGCUAGUAAAAGAGUUCACGACCCUGGAGCACCUGAAGCCUUCUGAUAACUGCCUGGUGGGGAAAGCAGCUGAGAACCGUGACAAGAACAGAUACAGAGACAUCCUACCCUACGACCUGACUCGGGUGCCCUUAGGUGAGAACCAGGAUUACAUUAAUGCCAGCUACAUCCACAUGGAGGUUGGCACCAAGGACUUCUACUACAUCUCGUGCCAGGGCCCUCUGCCCUCCACUGUGCCCGCCUUCUGGCAGAUGGUCUGGGAAAACAAGUCCAACGUCAUUGCCAUGAUGACCCAGGAGGUCGAGAGGGGAAGGGUCAAGUGUCAUAGGUACUGGCCAGAGAGGGUGAGCUCUCCGCUAGAUGCGGGUCGGUACCAGCUGUUCCUGGAGAAUCGGCAGCAGCAGGAGUACUUCCACAUCAAGAUCAUGCGCAUAGUGGAGAAGGAGACAGGUGAGACCCAUCUGGUACGGCACCUGAAGUUCACUCGCUGGCCUGACCACGGCGUCCCUCGCUGCUCCGAGCAGCUGGUGCGCUUCAUUCGCUACCUGCGGGCCGUACACCACAAGGGCCCCGUCAUCGUGCACUGCAGCGCCGGCAUCGGUCGCACCGGGGUCCUUAUCUGUACCGACGUCAUCCUCAGCCUCAUCGAAAACGACCUGCCGAUCAAUGUGAGUGACAUUGUGAAGGAGAUGAGACUGCAACGCUAUGGAAUGAUUCAGACCAAGGAACAGUACCUCUUCUGCUACAAAGUCUGGUUAGAGGUACUCCAGGGAAUUCUGCAGCUUCACGGUAACCAAUGGCAACCCGAAAGCCCCCACGACCAUCAUGUCGUCUGACUCCCCCCCUCUCCCCUGCCUUCACAGUACUAUCCCUCUAAGAUGAGACGACCUAAUAUUGUGCAAGAACAUGGCACAUAGUAGUUUUGUAAAGAUUUGUGGAAUGCUUCCAAUGCUCUGCUUCUGUACGUAUAUCUAGGUUUGCUUUACAGUAGCUCUGCACAGCACUAUGCAUCACUGCUCACGGUGCGGGGCUGGUUUGUCGCUCCUGUGGCUGAACUGAAACCCUGUGGAAGGAGAUAGACCUCAGAUAACCUCAGAAGUUGUGGUGUGUCUUCUCAGUAUAGGAAAUAUGCUUUAUGAGUUGGUUUAGAACAGGUGUGUUUAGCCUGUUUUGGGGAGUAGUUACGUUGCCUUCUGUGUUUAGUUUUGGUAUAAUACUGUUUGGAAUGUUUGGUUUUUAUAGGGUGUUUCUGUUUGGUACACAGUAUGUAUUAGUUGUUCUCUGAUGUAUUCAAUCUAUGAGUUGUACGAAUCGUUUACAUAUAACACAUAAUUUGCAUGUAAUGUCUCUGCUAUACUUGAAUACUAGUUAUACUCCAUAUAGACAUGCACGGGCCACAGCCCUCCCCUAAAAGCAAUGUGGUCAUGUCACCAGUCACUGGAAUGUUCUAGAGCAGGUUACCAUGUACCAAAGUAGUUAGCUGUUGUCUUUAAACACUUGAUUGUGGCACAUUGUAAAACAAGAAAUAGUUAUACAAAGUGCAUUUUUGUUUAUAUAAUAAGGGCCUCGAUACCUAAAGGAAGUUGUUUUUUUCUGUGUUGAUCGUUUAAGAAUGUGAACAGAAUCAAGUGCCUUGAAUGACUGUCUUCCUCCCGACUGCAGAUGUCCACCCUGUCUCCUCUCCUCUGGGGUGAGUCUGUAAAUGUCCAGGACUAGACGCCUGUGAUAUGAAUACCAGUACAGCUUUCUGCUCAAGUGGCUCACUUUAAGAUCAGCUUAAUGCGUAAGACUAACCCACUAUAUUUAUGGCUUCAUGACCUAGAGCAACCAUGAUACUGAAUCUCUUCAAAUAGAAGUUGUUUGGAUUUAACUCCUAGUGUCCUAAUGCACCGUGACAGAUGUUAACUUUAAUUUGGACGGACGUCUUCUUUUCUUGUCAAUGGGAAAUUAUCUUAGAUUAAGCUGCGCUACAGAUCGGUCAUCCGUCAGUGAGUGAGGGACCUGGUUGAGCAGAAGAGGCUGGCUCUGUUCCUCUGUACAGAUCUGGGAGCCUCAUAUACUACUAAAGAGAUUAUAACUACUGUAGGCUUAUGAACUGUAGUGUGAGUGUUCACAAUCCUCAGAAUCUCACUACCAGACUCCCUUCUCUCCAUCUUUCCUCUCUCUCUUUACCCCUUAAUUUUUUCCCUCUCUCUUUAUACCCUUCCAUCUUCUCUCUGUCUUUGCACCCUCCAUCUUCCUUCUCUAUUUUUUUACACCCCACCCAUCUUCCCUCUCAUUACCGCUCCAUCGUCCCUUUCUCUCUUUUUUCCCCAUCUUUCCUCUUUCUCUCAAUUCCACUCCAUCUUCUCUUUAUAUCUUCCCUAUUCGUCUCUCUUUCUUUACCCCUCCGUCUGCUGUCUCUUUGUACCCCCCUUCUCCUUGUGCUGCUCUGCUGUAGGAGCUUUGUCACCAGCCACUACUCCUACAAAGUUCACCAGCCUCUCGACCCAGUCUGUCUUAUUCAUCCCAGCCUUCAGCUAACAUCAACCUGUCAACCAAUCAGGUGUUAGCCAGGCCAUUUCUUACCUGGCUGAACGAAAUCAGAUCCAGUUUAAAAUGUAGAAUAACUUAUCUUGAAUUAUAGAACAGUUAUUCUUUUAUUUCAAUUGAAUUUCUGAUUCAAUUGGAUUUACAAUGACCUGCUCUCCUUCUGUUCUUCACUCAAGUGGCUAAUAUAUUUCAUUACAUUUCUUAACAGUCUCUUAACAGUGUUCAUAACAUCUGCAUAUAAUUGUAAAUAAUAACAACAAAGGCUGUUCUGUGAUUGCCUGUUAUCAGUAGCCUGGUGCAUUUCCAGGAAGAAGUUCAUCCUCUUUUUAUAAGCAAUAAUUAUGAGUCUCGUGUAGCAAUGACAAAUGGCACAAUCCCCCUUGGAAAUCCUGGAAGUCUUAAGAUGUAUUAUCAUGUAACCAAUAACUGAGAAAAUGUAUUGACUCUGUCUUUCAAUAAAA